AUGGAGGACCGGGUGAUCCUGAGUUACCACGACAGCCUCAUACAUGAAUCUGACCUGAGGCUGCUGGAGGGACGCAACUGGCUCAAUGACUCCCUCAUUUCCUUCUGGUUUGAGCACCUCCAGCACGAGCUGUUCCAGGGUAUGACGCGGCUGCUCUUCGUGAGCCCUGAGGUGACCCAGCUGGUCAAGAUGGGGGAUGCCCGUGAGCUGCCCAUCUUCCUGGACCCACUAGAGGCAAGAUUCAAAGAUUACAUCUUCUUGGCGGUGAAUGACAACUCCUCUGUCAUCUCAUCAGGGGGCAGCCACUGGAGCCUCCUGGUGUACAGUAAGUUUGACAGGAAAUGGUACCAUUAUGACUCCCAGCGCGGCUCCAACCACCGCGACGCCCGAUGCCUUGUGCACCGCAUCAACACCUACCUAGAAAGGGAGCUGCCGGCACCGCUGGUGGACGCCAGCUGCACACAGCAGGACAACAGCUAUGACUGUGGUGCCUUUGUCAUGAUCUAUGCUCACCGUGCUGCCCAGCAGGCCACGGAGGGCAUGGCGCUGGGCACCUGCUAUGUGGACCGUCAGGAGGCCAACCAGAUGAGGGAGCUGAUCAAGUCCCUGGUGUACCGCCUCAAGGCAGGACACACAUGAGUGCCAGUCCCACACUUGCCCCGCCCUGUCUCCAAGGUGCUGCGUGUGCGCUUGUGUGUGUGUGUGUGUGUGUGUGCGUGUGGUGUGUGUUGCCCCCAUGGCGCCACGCUGAGUAUUAGGCUUGUUAGUCCCGUGCUGCCGAGUUUAGUUUUGUUAGACGAAGUUUUGAGGUAUUCUUUCAGGGAGCGUUGUGACAGCAGCACAUUUGUAUUAACCCUUCAGAGUGAGGAUUAGUACUUUGGUUUGCAAAGAACCGACUAAUCUCUGUUUGUUACGCUUGACUUGGGCCUGAUGGUGGAGGGUGAGCAGGAAGGUAAACACACUAGGUACAGAGGGAGCAGACUCACCUGAGGCAGUACAAUGCAAUCCUCCUGUUGGUACUGUCACUGGGGCCGAGGGUGGGACAUCCGGGAAAGGCCGCCUGCCACAAACGACGGAUAAAGUUUUAUUUUGUAUGAUUUACUAUUCAAUAAAACACCAUUGAUUGAAA